AUGAAUAUAUUCUCAAAAAUCUUUGGAGAUAACGAUGAAGAAAAAUGUUUUAGUUCUAAAAUUGAUGAUAAUAUACCUAUUAAUAAAAAAUUUAAAUUGGAUGUAAAACUUGAAGAUGUGCGGAAAGAGUUAGCAGAACAUCGAGAUGAAUGGAAAGCAGAAAAGCUUUUAUUUAAAUAUGAUGGAAGUCGGAUACUCCAUGAGGAUGAACCUAAUUAUACAAUAAAUGAACUCCUUAAACCAAAUAAAUAUAUAUGUAUCGAAAAUCUGUUAAAAGAAAUCAAUGUUUAUUUAGAUAAUAAAGAUGGCAAAAUGUUGCUUCCUUUUUUAGAUCCUAAAGAUAAACUAAAAGACAUUCGCAAAAUACUCACUGAAAAAAGCGAACAUGAAGAAAUUGUUAAUGGAUUCAAGUUCAGAUGGCAGAAUGGAACCAUCGUUAAUGAAUGCCAAGAGGAUGUUAGAAAGUUGGAAGAAAUUUUGGUAAAUGGCAACGAGUUAUAUAUUCCACAAAAAAGAAAGGUCAUAAUUUACAGUAGUCAUAGUAAAACUCCCAGUCAACCACUUAUAUAUGAUUUAGAUAAAGGAAAAAGUCUUACAGAUAUUCGAGAAGAACUUGAGAGCACUUGGAAAGAACAAACUCAGUUAUAUAUGUGUUCGGAUUGUUAUUUUCUAGACCAAAAAAAGGCAUGCAUUAGUAGAGACAAAGAAAAUAAUUUAAAGCUGGAGGAUAUUUUAUCAAUUGAAAAUGGCGAUGAUGUAUUAAAUAUUUAUCGAGAACAUGAACAUGACCUAAUAAAGUUGACUAAUAAAUGUGGGUAUGGAUUUAUAAUGAAGGAUGGUUCGGUCGAACAAGCAAAAUAUCGUGCAUUUACAAUCGAAGAAACACCAGAAUGUCACAGUUUUGAAGAUAAAUCUACAGUUCCUCAUAAAAAACUAGAAAAUUAUAAAAUGGCUAUAAAAUAUUCAUACAUUAAGUUGAGACGAAUGAGUGUAAAUAUUUCAAGGAGCAAAAUUUCAGUAGCUGGUGAAUUUGUUGAAGUUAAAAAUGCAUUAAGCAAAGGGAAUCAAGCAGAAAAGGUAACAAAUCUUAAAAAAAUAGCAGAAAAUUAUGGCUAUUUUUACGCAAGUUCAGUAUACUUUGGAGAAUAUCAAGAAUCGGUUAAGUCAUUUCAUAUCAAAUCUCAAUUGGCGGGCACCAACUUGGAAACUGGAACAAGCACUGCUAUGGAGUCAAGAA